AUGAUGCCUUUACUCUGUGCGCUAACAAUUUUUUCAACUGUCUUCUCAACUUUAAUACAAACGUCACCAACAUUAACACGUUCUGGCAUCUUGAAAAUAAUGCAAUCAAAUGGACCUGGAAGCACAGGUCUCACAUUUACCUGGAUCCCUGUCCUAUUCGCCUAUGUUGGUGGUCUGGGAAGAGUUCUCUGUUCAUUGUUCUUCUUAUGUCUUUCCUUCGCCGGGAUUACUUCAUUGAUUGGUCAUGUCCAACUAACAGUUGUAACAGCUAAGGACUUGGGCUUGAGUCAUAGACAAGCUGCAUUUGCUGGUUUAUUCCUCACUCUUGUAUUUGGUAUGCCUUCUGCAAUUAGCAUAAAUGUUCUUACAAAUCAGGACAAUGUUUGGGGUUUCGCACUUAUGUUAUCCGGUUUAUCUAUGGCUGGUCUAAUAAUAAUUUAUGGUCCAAUGAAAUACAGAAGGGUCAUUGUGAAUGAUUUUGGAAUCGAUGAUUGGAAACUUCCAGUUGUUUGGGUCUUUAUGAUAAGUGUUUUGGUGCCUUUAUCCGGAACCGGAUUGAUUAUUUGGUGGGCAUAUGAUUUAAUAAAAUCUAAUCCAAAAUGGUAUCAACUUACUUUGGAUUCAAUGACUACUACAUUACUUGAGUGGCUCAUUGUAUUUCUCAUUUUAAUAACUGUGAACGUUAUAGCAGUUUGGCGAAAUAUUGAUUUCUUUCAUAAAGAUAAACAAAACGGUUAUGAUCCUCACAACCCAGAUUAUAUACCAAAAGAUGAAUUGCAGUCGUUUGAUGAAUUCUUUAUUGUAUCUUCGGAUAGUGUAAAUAUUAGCCGAAAUCAAAUGCGAACACACUUGUAA